UCUAUCGCUGUCGCCCAGAUUUUCUUGCAAAAAAAGUCCUAAUAUUUUGAAUAACCCCAUAAUUCUUGCGUGAAAACACUCAAGGUAUACGAAAACAGUCAACAAUAUAUUUUCGGCUCCGUUUGUGAAAAUGAGUGCUAUAGCGCAGCAAGAGUCCUUGGUUAAGGAGAGUUUAUUUCAAUUCAUCACUAAAAAUAUCCCAUCUGCAAAUUUAAAUGUAAUUGAUGACAUAGUCUUGUCCUACGUUAUAUCUAUCUUGGAGGAGGCUUCUCAAGAUCCUUGCUUCGAUGUCGAAGGUUUUAUAGAAAUGAUGGCAGCAUAUAUCCCAGAGUUUGCUGGCAUAGAUGCUGGCCAGGUGUGUUCAUGGGUGUUGGAACUCGAGGCAGAGUUGUCUCGCAGGACUGAUUCUGACUCAAUAUCUAACCAUGAUGAAACAGCAGGCAGUGACAAAAUAAGCGUCACUUUGCAGAACUUGAGUGAGAUGUUGCCGUCUAUUACUAAAAACAAUAGGUCUCACACCAACUCUGAGAGCUCUGAGUCAACGGAGGGCGGACGGCGCCUUCUUGACGGCGACGAGCAUGCCGCCCAGUGCCGUGCCCUUCACGAAAUGUUCCCCAACACUUGUGCUAUGGAGAUCAAGCACUGCGUUUCGAUCGCCCGCGGAGACGUGGAACGCGCGGCCGCGACGCUGCUGCACCGCCGCGAGCAGGGGCAGGCGCUGUCCGCAGCCGCGCUGCACUCCGCCGCCCGCCAGCCGCUUUGCGAUGAUCACGAGCUCAAAAACCGCAUCAUCGCACGUUAUUCUUACGUUGACAAGAAUUCCGAUACAAAGGAACAUAAGCCAUUAGCACCGAAGAUUGAACCUAAGAAACUGGUGCGUUACCGAGACAACAAGAUAGUAUCGCUCAAGGGAGAGAGGUACACGGAGGUGCCAAAAUCCGGUAUCGACGAGGAACAUUUGAAGAAACCCAAAAAACAGCACUGCCCUUAACCAUUAAACCCACGUCAGUACGGUGUAAAAGCGGUGACUCCCGCUAUAUCGGUGUCCUUUAUAAAUUUAGUAUUCCUGAUAUAUGUCGGUGUUAGCCCCGCACGCCCCAAAGGCGCUUAUAAGCGCGAACUUUCUAAGCAGACUCCUAUUAGUAAGCCCAUGCUUUUGUGUAAGAAAAAUAAUUCUAUUUGUACGCGCGUACUUUCUUGUGAAUCUUACAGUAAGCGCGAACUUUUAUAUUUUAAAUCAAUAAUUACUAUUUAUAGGCGCAUUUUAAUGGUUUUAUCGUACAAUCAUUAUGCGCCUGAGCGCUCAACAAUAGUUAAUUCGCGCGGACAUGUACCCGAUAAGUGCAUAUUUUUAUUUGUUGGUAUGUGUAUAAAGUAUGGUGGAGUGGUUUUGAGUCUACUGUUAAAAGUACACGUAAACCGUGUAAUGUACGUCUUGCACGAUAAAAACAUCGCGAAAAAAUCUAGUCAAGCAUAUGGAUAUAUUAUUUUGAAUCUCUGUUUUACAAAUGUUUAUGCGUUAUCCUAUGUCAUAUUGACAUAUUUCUCUUAUGUCAUAUUGACAGUUAACGUCAUUCUGAUAUUGGCUUCAGUUUUAAUAUUUAGUGUGGCUAUGAGCCUCACUUUGAAUUAUGUCUUUUUAACAAUUAGUUUUAUUUCGACGUGUAUCCCAAUGAUACUAUUUCCGCGUUCAAAGCCCUUGCGGCGUGCGUUAGUGAUUCGUGUUUGUAGUGUCUUAGAUUUAGAAGCGCGUGAUUCGUACAUAGUUUAUUUUUACCCGCUUUUUGCCGUAACUGAUUUAUUUUGGGUUAAGUUGUCUCGGCGACAGCAACUUAAUGACAUGGACUGUAGUUAUGUUAAGUUUAAGUUAAUUCGCACCGUAUUUAUUAUCGUUCGUAAGCUCACGAGGCAGCUGUGUUCCAGUAUUAUUUUGUCUGUGGCAUCGAUUGUAUCAAAUGACGUCGUAGGGUCGGUAUGUGUUCAAUUUAGGAGAAUUGUAACAAAUUGUGCGUGCGUGUAUGGUUGUCGAGCCACAGACAAGAAAUUUUUAUCUAUGACGAAUAUCGGAAAGAUAAAAUGGCGCUCACUGAAUCGUCAAAGUGACGGUGACAAUUGUAAGUGUUGUUUUAUCGCCCCGAUUAGUAACCUCGAAUUCACUCUAGUUUUAAGUGACAAGAUCUGUAUAAUACCUGUGAUUUUUAAUUGUUAUUAUUUUAUUAUUAAUAAUGUAAUUCCUAUUGUAGUUUUAUCGUUUUUAUAUACAUCUGUGAUUAUGAUGCCAUUGAAUUAUACGAUAGUUUACACCUUAAGUGGUUUUUAUAAUUUUAGUUUAGGAUUUUUAUUGCCGUUUUUCAUCCGGUUCGUUAUUAAUUCCGUUAUCUUGCUAUUGUGAUGUAGAUUUCGUUUAGAAAUCGAUGUCAGUGAUUCAUAUAUUUUUAAUGUAGCUAGUAAUUCGAAUUUUAAGCUGUCUUUAAGACAGCAUUGAAAUUAUAGCUCUUUAGAGCAAAACUUUACAUUUAUUAGAAAUAAACUUUGUUAAUAUAUAAUAUGAAAGAACUGAUACCAAUUGAAUUAAGCAUAACAUUUCCGGUUUAGAGUCCUGGUUGUGAUGUAAAAAAAAAAACUCCCACAAGAAGAAAUUGUGUAUUGGGAUGGAACGAUUUUUUGUAUAACUAUGACAUACAAUAGCAAUACGAUUGCUCAACCAAGCUACAUUGGACUAUAUAUUAAUUGCAGAGAUGUUGUUUAAAAAUAUAUAGAAAUGUAUGGAAUGUGGAUUCCGUCAGUAUAAAAACUAGAAAACACGUAGAGGCUUAUCUGACAGGGUGAACAUAUUAUGCCCCGGGAUGUUUGGGUCUAACAAAAUGUGUAGGAUGAUUUCUCUAAGCCGCAUUUGAAAAUGUUAUAAUUGUCUAUGGUAAGGUUUCUGCUCAAUAGUGAUAUAAGUAGCAUCAUACCGUAUUUAUGGCUGGAAUAUAUACUUUCAAUACCCUACAUCCACAAAAUACAAUCUCAUAUGAGUACUAAUGGAAAUAAGUUGCAAUUUGUAUUAAAAUAUUUGCAAUAGAUAUAUUAGAUAAAUUGGAUGUAAUAUUGAGUAUUAUGGAGAGAAAUGAUUGACCAUUGAUAUAUGAACCAAUUAGAAUUUAAAUUAUAUGAAUCACUUACAUCUUCGAGUUUAUAUGAAAAUCACAUUAUAUAAGUAACAUUAGUAAUUACUAAAUAAAGGAAUCCUGUAUCUUAUGAUAUAGGAUUCCGUUAUGUUCACUAGGGUUGGCAACUUCUAAAAAAAUGUAUUAAAGUUUGAAGGGAAUGAAAAUUAAACAGUAUUUAUGAAAGGCACAUAUUUUUUCGUAGUACUUACACUGGCUUGUAUUUAAUGAUUUAUAUGUUUUUGAAAUUCUUUACAAUUCGCAGCACAUUCCAAGUUUAUCUUCUGGCUGUGGCUUAAUAAUGCUUAUAAUGACAUUAUAAAAACAGUUUACGUACCACGUUUUUGGCCAAUCUAAUAAAUACAGGGAAAUAAAUUAUAACUAAAUUAACGAGUCUAAUCGAAUGGUUGGCAACAUGGCAACCCUAAUUCUAAAUCUCGAAUGUUUAGUAUUCAGUAUAAUAAUGAUAAUGUGAUUCUCAUACAAAUAUUUAUACUCAUUUUUUAAUAGACUGAUUCAUUACGAUCUCAUGUGAUGAGGAAUGGUAAUCUUCGUUUUUAGUACAGUCGCCAAUAAAAAUAGUCGAUCAACUGUAAAGUUUCAGUAUUAUAAUUCAUAUAUUACUUUUUUUUAUUAAAUCUGAUGAUAUAUUUAUUUAUAUCAUUUGCAAUGAAAGUACGUCUAUGCACGAUUUUUCGAGCCAUUGACAUGUUAACAAUAAUAUGUUAAAAAGAACGGGCGUUUUUGUUGCCGACUGUACAUUGUUCGGGUGGCCCGAAUUUUCCAUCUAUGUAUUUAUUUUAUCAAUCUGACUAUUCGUGUCGUUAAUUUGAAUAUAACUGUAAAGUUGCCUCGUUGCCAUGAAAUUAGCCGAAGAAUUCGAUUUUAAUGGAUCUUGUAAUUUGAAUUAAAUUUAAUUUAAUAUAACUCAAAAUCCAAAGCCAGUUCCGACAAAGCGGCAUCUUGAUAAGUCAAUGAAGUAUAUCUAUUUUGCUACCUUUGCCAGCCUCGAGCUAUUCACCUCAGAUAUAAUCUGGACGAAUGAUGUACAACAAUACAGAUAAUAAUUAAAAAAAAAAAAAACAGGCCUUAAGUAUUGAAUUUUCAAAUAUCUUGUCUGUUUUACAUUGCGCAGUAACAGGAUAGUUGUUUUGCAUAAAUUAUAACGAAAAGAUUUUAGAUUUUUUUUUUAUUAGUCAUGUUUGCUCGCGAAUUAAUAAAAAAUAAAUAAAACGAAAACGGUUAACGGUCAUGAUAAAAUUCGCGUCUAGUCUAGCCUAGCAAAUGUAGCAGACUAAUAAAUAUACUAAUUUAUUCUAAAACGACACGAUUAUUAAUUUGGCGUUAUAGUUAUAUUAUUGUUGAUUAUUAUGUAUGAAACUGAAUCAAAUGAUAGUGAAAUCUUAUGGACAUAUUAUUGUAAUGUUAGUGUUUUUUUUUUCUGUUCAAGAACAACUCGACAUACAGCCUACUGAAUCAUAGACUGUGGUUAUUUCGAAAAAUUUAAUACAUGAUUUCGUAUUAUUAUAUAUUAUAUAUAUUAUAUAGCUAUCUAUUUAAUAUUAUAUACAGCGCGUAACAGAAAGAAUAUAAUAAGCCGAAAUGUAUUAUGCAUGAAAAUGUUCGUUUAGAACCUUCCAUGCAAAUUGCGCGGUCACGUGAUCAGUUUAGUAUGACAGAUUCAACAUUUUUAUUAUAUUCAUAAUUAUAUUUCUAGUAUAUUCCACUGGGAAAGUUAUAGAUAUUGUGACUAAAUUUCAGCUUAUUAUAUAUCCGUUGUAUUUUAUAUACUUAUAUUUUUGAUAAAUAGAUUAAUGGGUACAUGUUAGUAUAAUUUUUAGCAAAUAUUUUAUUAGAUUUAUUUUAAUUUUUUAACCAAUUAUUUAUUGUGGAUCAAAUAAAUCAGUUGUUCCACAUACAUGAUCAUUAUGUUGUUUUGUUUGCGAUUGGCAGAUCGAAUGCAACUUUAUGAAUGAUUACUAACGAAAAUAUAAUCACACACUGAACGCUAAUUACGGUCACCAUAAUAAUUCUCAUAAUAAGUUUACCAUGUCAUUUUCAGCGCCGGUUUAGGGCUUAUAUAUUUCUUUGCUUAUUAAUUGAAUUUUAUUUGACUUAGGAUAGUUCCUAUGGCAAAGAUGUUGAGACAUAUGAAUCAUUUCAGUUGAAUUACAUGACAUAUAGUUAUAUAGUAUAGAAUAAUAAAUUUUUUUUUUAUUUUUUCUGUGACUAUAAUGUUCACACAUUUUUAAUUGAGAAUUUAGACAAGUUUAUGAUCUGUCCACUAUUGGACAUAACGCUAUAAAUGUAUACCACUAUUCAGAUAUCACUCACAUUUGAUUCGGUCUAUACUAAGCGAUUUAGCCAAAAUUUUGGUGCUAAAUUAGUAUUGAAAAUGCCAAAAGCGUUAGAUAAUGAAUGUUUUAACAAAUUGACGGUGACCAUUACACGCAUUUAAUGUAUUUUUUUUGUUGUUAUUGUAAAAUUGGAUAUUUUAAUGUGAUCUAUAAAAGUUAUGGCGCUUUUUAAUUUAAAUGUAGCAAAAGUAUUAAAAUUAUAGGGCUAAUGCAUCAUGCCCAUUCCUAGAUGUGAUAUUGUACAGUCAAAUGCAGUAGUAUAUUGAACUUGUUUAACAUUAACCUUUAAUACCAAUUAGAAAAAAAAAUGAGUCAUGUUACGACAAAGUACUAUACGAUUAUUGCAGAUGACCGUCAUAUCGAUUGUUCGAUAGUGAUACCUAAUCUGGGAUACAUAUAUGUACAUUUAUUAUUAGUGAUAAAAAAAAAAUUAAAAAGCGCCGUAAAUAUUUUAAUGUAUUUAUUGAAAUUGUUGUAGACAGAGUUGUCUUAUACAUUAUCUAAAAAUGUUGAGGUUCAUUAAACUAAGGUUUGAUUAUUAUAACUGAGCGGUUAACAAAACAAUAUGAUUUAACAAAUAUAACGCAUCGUAUAUCACAAAUAUUAGGUAUUAUUACAACACAAUUAUUUUGGAACAAUUUUAUUUUAUAGAUAUUAUAGUGAAAAUUCUUUAUUCAAAACAGCCAAUGAUUUUAAAAAUCGAUUGGCUGUUUGGAAUUUGAAAUUGUAAUUUGAGAAUACAUAAAUAUGACACGUUAAAAAUUAAUGCGAUGUAUUUAUAUAUCGUAGUAGUCAUAUGCCCUUUGCCAACUUUUAAUGACCUUUUUACAUGGACUUCGUAAAAAGUUUAUAUGACGCUCCUACGGAGCUGCAUCUAUGUAUAAAAUUUGAGGCUAACAUAAAUAUCACUGGACAUAUUUGCACAACGCCAUCUAGUCCCAAAUUAAGCAGUGACCACGAUUGUCAUACAUUAAAGAAUCGAAUAUAAAAAUAAUUAUCAAAGUUGAUUCAGAUUUGUGACGAAAAUAUCGCGUUCUAAUUUGUCUCAAUUUUUGUGUACGUUACACAAAAAAUUGAGGCAAAUUAGAAUGGCCGCUCGUCGGUAAAGUAACUACUUUAGAAUCAUAAAUAGUUUUGAUUUAAUGGAUAACACCAAUAUGGCUAACAUGCAAAUUUAUAUAUUCUCAUUGUAUAAUUCAAAGUCUGGAAUGAAAUUAUUGUUCGAAGAUGUAAUUGAUGUUGCAAGUACCAGUAAAUUCCAUUCUUGUGUUUGCUAAGGUGAUAGAGCGUUAUACAUAAUAGCAGAUUGUUAUAGGAUUGAAGUGCUACAUAUAUAUGUAUGUACAAAAUUGAGCCCUAUUCGAAUAUAAAUUUGACUCUAUAUUCGACAGUCGUUUCCGAACCGCUCGCUUCUUAUAGUAAUCAAACCUAAAGCCCCUAUAUAUAUUACAACAGAACCAGUACAAAAAAUCUGGCAUCAAAAUCACAGAUUAUAAAAACAUUAAAACAAAAAUCGCCGCAUUUAUUUUCUGAAUAUUAUUAUAUUGUAAUAAGAGGUUUUUUUUAUUGAAUUAUUAUAAUUAUUAUUAUUAAGUGUAAAAUGCGAUGAGCGCGCACUUUGAUGUCAUAUCUUCGAGUCUGAACUUGAACAAACAUUAUAUUCAAUAUAACGUUAAAUAUCC